AAAACGUUACGCCGGCUUGAGAUAAAUCACUCUGAGUCAGUUGGAGACUCUGGUGCAGUACACAUUACUAAAUUUGAAAACCUUGAACUCUUGGGGAUUACAGAAACCAAUGUAGGUUUGGCAACUUUGGCUAUUGCAAUAUUUGGAUUGCCGAAACUCAAAAACUUGCCAAUGGGUGAUUUUUUAUGUGAUGUUUUGGAGUUUGUUGAGAUGGAAGAUACUCAGGUUUGGAGGAGGGGUGAUCCUUGUCCUAGAUUGAAAAUCCAGGAGUUUUGUUGUUCUGAGAUCUACCAUUUUCACUCCACAAAACAAAUGACUAGAGUUUCAAACAUGUGUCCUUAUAUUAGAGAAGUAAGUUUCUUCUACGAUGGCGAGGAGCUGUGCGAACUGAAUACUCUAAGCCUUCUUCCAAAACUGGUUCAGCUCAAGCUCAAUGGUGGAGAUGUCAGCAAGGACCCAAUAAGAGAAUUUUUUGAGAUGAUUGGCCCUAGACUAGAGAGACUUGAGUUAAAUCAUAUAGAAAAUAUCGACAAGCAAUUUAUAGUACAGCUCUCUGUUUGGUGUCCAAAUCUACAAUAUCUUAGCUUCUCAGCUUGCUCUUUUCUGGACUAUGCCUCCCUUCACAGAGAAUUGUUUGAGUAUGCGAAUAGUGAAGGUCUUGACACAAUCGAGCAAAUUGAACUAGGUAAUCUUUUACGAGAUCAAGAAAAUGUAGCUUAUCAGAUUGAGGAUAUGAUUCAGCCAUUUUCAAAUUUAGUUGAACUGAACAUAUCUAGUUCCUGCAGUCGGGUCAUCUUGGUGUUUAUUCUUCUCUGCUGUCAGAAGAUAACCAGAUUAAACUUGGGAACCUAUACAGAUCUAACAGAUGAUGUGAUGCAACAAAUAAUCAGUGUAAACCCACUGACAAGGUUGGAAUUUCUUCACGUACAUAGCAGCAAAUAUUUAACUAAAUAUAGUCUAGAUCUAAUUCUCACCAGUUGCACCUCACUCAGAGAAAUAAAGGGUUUACCAUAUUGGAGUUGUGUAGGAGAAGAUGAAAGAAAUCAGUUAGUUCUGUGGAUCAAAAAGAACAAUGUUGAUUUAAGUAUACCUGAAAUUAUAUCAGCAGACCAAUCAAGUUUUUUCAAUACCAGGGUUGAACUGACUGAGAGUAUUAGAAAAUUUCUCUCCACACAGUAAUUAUUCUAAAAAGUGAAAUAAAUUUAUAUAUUCUGUUAUUAUUUCAUCUAUCUAUUACAAACUGAAGAGAGAUAGUUAUAUAUAAGACCAUUCCCCUGGGACCUAGUAGCCUGUAAUGUGUCCUAUAUUAGAAAAUUUCUCUCCACACAGUAAUUAUUUUAAAAGUGAAAUAAAUUUAUAAAUUCUGUUAUUAUUUCAUUUAUCUAUUACAAACUGAAGAGAGAUAGUUAUAUAUAAGACCAUUCCCCUGGGACCUAUGUAGCUUAUAAUGUGUUCUAUAUUAGAAAAUUUCUCUCCACACAGUAAUUAUUUUAAAAAGUGAAAUAAAUUUAUAAAUUCUGUUA